CGGGGCCGGGGCCGGGGGCGGUACCGGCCGGGGGUGGGGGCGGCCCGGCAGAGCCCCGGCCCCACUCCCGUCCCGCUCCCGUCCCGGUGCCGGCCCCGCUCGGCGCCCCCCGGCUCCAUCUUGUGCGCGGCCGCGCGGCUCCAGGUACCGCUGGGGCCGAGAUGGAGCCACGCGCCUGAGCCAGGCAGGAACAAGCCAUGGAGACGGUUGUCAUCGUAGCCAUCGGGGUGCUGGCCACCAUCUUCCUGGCGUCCUUCGUGGCGCUGGUGGUGGUGUGCCGGCAGCGCUACUGCCGCCCCAAAGACCUCCUGCACCCCUAUGACACCAAGCCUAUCGUGGACCUCAUUGGGGCAAUGGAGACGCAGUCGGAGCCCUCGGAGCUGGAGCUGGACGACGUGGUCAUCACCAACCCACACAUCGAGGCCAUCCUGGAGAACGAGGACUGGAUCGAGGAUGCCUCGGGCCUGGUCUCACACUGCAUCGCCAUCCUGAAGAUCUGCCACACGUUGACGGAGAAGCUGGUGGCCAUGACCAUGGGCUCGGGUGCCCGCGUGAAGUCGCCCUCCAGCCUGGGUGACAUCAUCGUGGUGGCCAAACGCAUCAGCCCCAGGGUGGACGACGUGGUGAGAUCCAUGUACCCGCCGCUGGACCCCAAGCUGCUGGACGCCAGGGCUGCGGCGCUGCUGCUGUCCGUCAGCCACCUGGUGCUGGUGACGCGCAGCGCCUGCCACCAGCCCGGUGCCCGCGACUGGGUGGACCGCUCGCUGGCAGCUGCGGAGGAGCACAUGGCCGCGCUGCGCCAGGCCGCCAUGGCCACCGAGCCCGAGCGCCCACCGGCCACCGACCCUUUCCGGCAGGAGCAGUCGGCCAUCUGAGCCACCAGCGCCAAUAAACUCCCGUGACGCUGC